AUGUUCGGACAGGUUGUCAUUGGUCCCCCCGGCUCGGGAAAAAGCACCUAUUGCCAUGGAAUGUUGCAGUUCAUGUCUGCCAUUGGAAGAAAAUGCAGCAUCAUCAAUCUAGAUCCCGCCAACGAGAACUUGCCGUACCCAACAUGUUCGUUCGACAUCCGUGAUUACAUAAGACUCGAAGAGAUCAUGAAGGUCCACAAUUUGGGCCCCAAUGGUGCUCUCAUGUAUGCAAUGGAGUCGUUAGAUCGGAGCGCAUUAGAGGGUUUGGCAGAUAUAUGGACCGAGAUCGGGAAAUCAGACUAUCUCAUAUUCGAUUGCCCGGGCCAGGUCGAGCUCUUCACCCACCACAACUCGUUUUUCCAGAUCUUCCGCCUUCUCACCAAGAAGUCCGAUGCUCGUCUCUGCUCUGUGUCGUUGGUCGAUAGCGUCCAUCUCACCAGUGCAUCGCAGUAUAUUUCGAUGCUUCUUCUCAGUUUGCGAGCCAUGGUCCAGCUCGAACUACCGCACGUCAAUGUCAUCUCCAAAAUCGACUUGUUGAGCUCGUACAGAGAGCUCCCCAUGAGAUUGGACUACUAUCUCGAAGUGCAAGAUUUGCGACAACUCAUCCCCCUCGUGGAACAGGAGUCUCCUACAGUUCUAGGAGUAAACUACGUUAGACUCACGGAGCUGAUCGCCGAUCUAGUUGAAGACUACAAUUUGGUAUCGUUCGAGGUACUUGCAAUUGAAAAUAAAAGAAGCAUGAUCCAUCUCCUCCAAGUCAUCGACAAAGCCAACGGAUACGCUUACGGUAGCCUGGAGCUCGGAGGCGACCACAUUUGGGCUGAGGCGGUGAGAAACUCUAGUAAUUACGACGAUGUCGAUCUUCACGAUAGAUGGGUCGAGAACAAAGCUGCAUACGACGAAGAAGAGAGGAAAGAGGAGCAAGAGCUUCAGGAGCCCGUAAAUGACGAGGACGAUCUAUAG